UCUAAUAUAUGGUAAAAAUCAAGAUGAGUGUAAGAAUUUCUGUUCUACAUUGACUAUUUCUUUCUUGGGACCGUAUCUAUAUCUUUUGCUUACCAGUUACCACACUGCACCUCUGUGUCUGACUCAUUUCCUGGUCAGGACAUUUUCCUUCCCUUCAUUAAACCCCUCUCUCUCUCUCUCAAGCAUCACACCUCAUCCAUGGCAGGCGAGGGUUUUGAAGCCUUCGACGUCCCCCAACAAAGCAGAAGAGACCACUUCCGAGUCAUGAACCUCCUAACCAACCCACCACAGCCACAACUCUCACUCUUCACACCCUCCUCCACCAUGCCAACCCACCAACCACCGCUUCCUCUACGUUUCUCCGACCACGACCACCGCCGCGUUUUUGAACGUGGUGAGUUCAGAAGCAGCCUUGUUCCCCUAGGCCCUUUCACAGGCUACGCUUCCAUACUGAAGCACUCCAGGUUUCUCAACCCUGCGCAGCAACUCCUUCAAGACUCCUGCGGGUCGGAUCGGUCCGAUUCAGACCCUCCUCGUCUCCUUAACUACUUCAAUGAAAGAGCAAGAGAUCAGAUUAUUGGAGUCAGUGAUCGGUUCGAGCUUCAGUUCAAGAAUUCCAGUCUCACCAUCAUGCUCGAUGAGGUCUACAAGAGAUAUAAGCUAUAUUGCCAGCAGAUGGAGUCAGUUGUUGCAUCGUUUGAAACUAUUGAUGGGAUUGGAAAUGCAGCACCGUACAUGUCUUUUGCCAUCAAGGCCGUUUUGAAGCACUUUGGUUUCUUGAAGAAUGCCAUUUUGGACAUACUUCAAUCAAAAGGCAAGAGUACUGUUGGUGAUUUUAGCCUUGUUAAAGAUGACAUUAGGGGGGUUUCUAAAAGAGGCCUUUGUAGCCAAAACCCAAGUCAUCAGAACCUGACCAGCAACUUUCAUCUAUCGGAAAUUCGAUCCCAAAGAGGACUUCCGGAAACUGCAGUGUCUGUGAUGAGGACAUGGCUCUUCGAACACUUCCUUCAUCCUUAUCCUAGUGAUUCUGAAAAGCAAAGGCUAGCUCAACAAACAGGCUUAUCAAGAACUCAGGUUUCCAAUUGGUUUAUCAAUUCAAGAGUAAGACUUUGGAAGCCAAUGGUGGAAGAAAUACACAGCCUGGAAACACAACAAUCUCCAAUGAUUUCAAAUUCAGACGUAACGAGAAGAAACGUAACGGCGCCAUCUCUUGGCUCUUAUUCUUUAGAGAACCCUCUCCAUUUGGGGACUCUGCCUCAAACUAAACGCUCUAGAACCAACAAACAUCUUGACAUGUCUGAGCAGAACGAAACACAAAGCAAUGCAGCAGCUUAUGAGAAUAUCACAGGGAAUUAUCUUCAUAUGAAUAGCCAUGAAGGUGAAGUGUCUUUAGCAUUAAGCCUACAGGCCAAAAAAUGAUGGAGACUGUUUCUGCUAGUGCUAGCUGGGAUUUGCUUUUUCCUUAUGCUUCUUGGAUACGUAUUAUGUAUAAAGAAGGAGAAAGGUAAGGAUCAGGAUUAAUGCUUUGAUAAGUUUAGUGGUGCUAGCUAGUUUCACAAAGUGGAGAACCCAUUAUGUUUUUAAUCAUAAUUUUAUUGUGCUACAUUCCGAAUACU